CAGCUCCUCACUAAUGAAACAACAUCUCUUUAUGGAUUUUGGCUCUCAAAACUCCUCUCUUUCUUACUCCUCUUACUCAACCACCACCACCACUACAAACACCACCUUCACCUCCUAUUCUCCGGUUACUUCCUGGGAUUCGAAAACUUUAUCAAAAUCAUCAGCCAAGAGAGGAUCAAAGGAAGGUAAACAAACCAUCAGUGACAAUGAGAGUAGCAAGAAGCAUAAGAUCAGCAGCAGCAAUGCAGGGAAGCACCCGAUCUAUCGGGGAAUUAGAAUGAGAAACUGGGGGAAAUGGGUGUCUGAAAUCCGAGAGCCUAGAAAGAAAUCAAGAAUUUGGCUUGGAACUUACCCAACAGCAGAAAUGGCAGCUAGAGCACAUGAUGUGGCUGCAAUUGCAAUUAAAGGUCACUUGGCUCACCUCAAUUUCCCUGAACUAGCUCAGGACCUUCCCUGUCCUGCUUCAGCUGCCCCAAAGGACAUCCAAAUUGCAGCUGCAAAAGCAGCAGCUGGCAUAUUUUAUGGGAAAGGAAGAACAAUGACAGUUUCUCACUCUCCAGACGCCACAGAAAUGUCUUGUGAAACUCCAGAAUCACCAACAUUUCUAGCAAGAGAUAGUACUGAUGAUCCGAGACCACCAUUAAGAGAGACAGUUUCAGAUAGUAUUGAUGAUACAUUGUUUGACCUUCCUGAUCUGUCGUUUGAUUCUGUUGUUCCCCUUCAUGGAUUUUCUUAUGCUUCAUCGUCGCAGCUGGCUGGAGUGGACAUUGGUUUUUUGCUGGAGGAGCCAUUUACUUGGGAUUGAAACUAGAGAACUAGUAGU